CUCGUAGCUGCCGACAGCGUUCGUGUCUUAGAAUUUUGACUCGUGUUGUCGAAUCGCACCUCGCGCCUCUUCCAUUGUUAAACGAGAUGGUCCCUUCGAGAACGAGUCGAGUCACACGGGACCGAUGGUUACUGACCGCUAAUCUGGCGUACCAUUGUUGUAGCGCUCUUUUCUAUUUUGGACAUCGACUUUAGGUACUUGAGUAGUCAUCUAAUGCUCCCGAGGUCACAACGGUGGUCCCGAUUCCGAGUCCCGCCACUGCCGCUCGCUCUCCGGCACCUGGGGUGUCACAUAAUGCAGUUGUGGCGAAGUUUUGGCAGUGCUUCCGGCUCACUACGGCCUCAUUAUUGACAAUACAUUCCUCUAAUGUUUCGGCAUGUUAUGGAACGUUGUAUUCACCGUCUGUGAGUUCCUACCACCGUCCACUUCCCGUCCAUUCCCACUAACGUGCACUUGUACGGGCCCGCGCAACCCAGUGCCCAUUUUACCAACGUCAAGCAGAGGCAUGCAACCGCCCAUCUAAUUUAUCAGCAUAUAGAUAAUGCAACUAUGGUUUAGAUCAAAAUAUCGGAGGUAGUCCUCCACCGUUGCCAACUCGUCGUGAGUAACACGAGGUCACGGGGGCAUAAAGUCUUGCCACCUUGCCUAUCAUCAACAAACGCGUCAUCCUGACCUUCCUAGUACUCAAAGAUUGUCGACAUUUUCAUGGCUAAAGGUCAAACAGUUUCAUACUCUGACAGCGACACAUCCUCACACGACACCUGAAUCUCGUGCUCGAGCUGCUCCUAGACGACCCGGUUGAGUGUCUGCAUGUCCUCACUCAGUGUCGUCUUACAAAAUUCGCUUAUAGAAUAGCUCGAACGAUGAUGCCGAAAUUCUGGGCUGAGGAUGAUGAGGGUGUGAUUCCCUACCAAUCUUCCCACUGGAAUUGGGCAAGGUUAAUCAUACUGGGUGCUUCAGCGAUGUGACAAGGGCAAGUGCCUACUGUAAGUGUGUGUGUGUGGGUGGCCCCAACUGGCCCAUUCGCCCACCCACUUUAGGACCUUAGCCUUCCUUUCGCAAUCCCCUCAAACCUUCCCUUACAUAGAAGAUAGCGCAGACUUAACUGCGAUUGACGUAUUGGAGAUAAUUGCCUUGUCUCUGCUCGUGACAUAAUCUAGGUGCUAAGACGUCUUAUACCUGGCAUGUACCUAGGUACUGAGUGGGGCCGCGCGCUUAAGGAGUGGAUAGGAGUUAACUGGUGUGAGGAGUACUUGGGUAAUUGGGCGAAAUCCCGGGAUCGCAGGAUCGGAGUCAUGGUAGGGCCCGAACCUUACGGCCCGGAUCGGCGCCGGCAGACUUCAAAUCUCAAGAAACAUUGUUCAUCCGACGGAGCACAUUAAUUACCGGAACGUCCGGCCCCCAUGAUGUCGCGUGCAACAUGGAACUAUAUCAAUCUUCGAGGAGACACCGUUCUGCCAUGAGAGAUAUAAGGAGUUCCACGUGUGUCGUACGUCUUCAACGAAUUGUUGCGAAUCUCUUGUCCAAAAGAACCGCACGUCAUGCUCCUCCCUCUCGCGCUGUUUGGGCUUACAGCCUGCGCGCAAGGUCUGAACUUGCCAUCGUUUGCACGGCCAACAUUUCCACCAUCCACAAUCGACAAUGACGGGACCUUUUUCGGGCGUUACGAUGUCAGAAAGACUAUGGCCCUCUUGGACCCAGAUCCUCGAUCCAUAAAUAGUUACUUCUUCACUUUCUGGUUGACCACGGUCGAUGGGGGCAAGUAUCAUGCCACGUUGAACCCUUUUCUCACGGGCAGCACUGCUAGCGCGGGAACUUUUUCCCUAAACGAUCUCACCACGCUCGAGUCCAAGGGUGCCGUCGCCUUCGGGCCAGCCUCAGGAAGUGUCGAGUCUCUCAAUGUGCAGUCUGCCACUCACAACCUGAGCAGCCCUGUUGGGUCCGAUAACUACACCACGAUGAAGUUGGAUGGAGAUUAUGCUGGAUUCGCUCUCAACACAAUUAUACACCCGACUGGCCCGAAUAUUUACUUCGGGGGCAGCGGUGGGAUGUCACUGCCUGGUAACACAGGAAACGAUACAAAUGUCCCCAUUGGCUGGUCUUGGUACUGGGGGAACCCACACUUGCAGGUCGAGGGAACAGUUACAGUCAACGGAACAGCCCUCGAGAUCGACAGCAGCCAGUCUUUCGGCUUCCUUGAGCGGCAAUAUGGGCUGUUCAGCGUUGGGCCUAAAGGAUUCAUCCUAUUUUGGCUGUAUCUGCCCAGUGGAGAGUUUGUGCACAUCUGGGUGGUCUCGCCCCAUGAAGAUGGGACCGGAGAUGCAGCUUUAGCAACUGUCUGGCACCCCAACGGUCUCCACCAGAACGUGCCCGUCGACAUGAACACAACCCGUGCGUGGGAUGAGUCGGUCGGCGCGACUGGGCGGCGCUACUUCAACAAGUUUCAAGUCGGACUCCCAGCAAUCAAUGCAUCAUUCACCAUCAACAAGUGGAUCCGAGACGCCGAGUGUGCUCCACCCGCGGCUGCCGCAGCCGCGGGAGUUACGCCCCUCUCGGAGUCAUACUGCGACGGAGAGGCUCUCUGGAAUGGCGAGACCGUGCCUGUUUUCGGACAUUGUGAACAACUUUCAGCCUUGUUCACUGAAAACUAGACAGUAAAACUUUAGCGAACUAUAAUCUGAUUCAUUGUUCCUAUCUAUGAA